GUGGUAAAGAUAUUUUCACAGUAUUGUAGUGAAAUUAGCUAUUUAAGUCACCUUCAGAUUUGGUUUGUUUAGCUUGUUUUCAUUUGAUUGUCCAACAGAAAAUUGGUUUAAUUUUUGUAAUUCGAUAUUUUAUUUGCUGAUUUAAAAUGCCAACUUACGAGGAAAAAAAGGAAUACAUCAAAAAAUUAUUGGGUCCAGCUAAGCCUGAUGGAAGAAUGGCUCGUGCAGCUCCUCCAGACCCAAGGUUCCCAAAUACUAAUCAAGCUUUGAACUGUUAUCAAAAUUACAUAGAUUAUCACAGAUGUUUAAAGAAGAAGCCCGGCUGGGAAGCCUGUGAAUGGUACCGAGACAAUUAUGAGACACUUUGUCCAUCACAAUGGCACAAGAAAUGGGAUUGGCAAAGGAAACGAGGAAUCUUCGCUGGAGAUAUUUAAAAUUAUUCAACUCCUUGGAUUCACUACAUUGUCGACAUAGUGUUUAUUAAAUCAUUUGGUUUGAUGUUAGGCAGUUUAAAAAUUUGAAAAAUAAGUUAUCUCAAUAAAUUUUGAGUUGACUGUAUGUUAACUAAAUUUUAUUUGUCUCGAAAUAAUCUUUUUUAGAAGUCUGUACAAUUUGCUAGAAUUAAUUUUCAUUUCUUAUCAGAAUCUAAUAAAUCUUUGGCUUCGUUAA